ACAUAAUGAGAGCAAAUAGCAACAACUGACAUGGUGGAGAUGGCCGGUUGACAAAGAACACUUCUACUGUUUUGACCUUGAAUAUGGCUUUGUUUAUGUCUGAUGGUAAACCUGUGGAUGGUUUCAGACUGCAGAGAAGGAAGCCGUUUAUUCACGACAUGAGUGCAUUUUGAAGCAGUAUUUGUGAUUGUGAAAGGGACAGAUAUAUUUCAGGUUCCCUGUACUUGAAAACACUCAAGUGUAACAAGUCUUAGCGGAACUAGUGUGUUGUGAUCGUAAGACCAAAUAUGAAUCGCUAUCAAGUAUCCAAACAGGUGGGGGAUGGAACAUACGGUUGUGUGCUACUGGCCAGUAGCAAGGAAACGGGGGAGAAAGUGGCCAUCAAAAAAAUGAAGAAAAAGUAUUAUUCUUGGGAUGAAUGUCUAAAUUUGAGAGAAGUAAAGUCUCUACGGAAGUUAAACCAUGCCAAUAUAGUAAAACUCAAAGAAGUAAUACGAGAAAAUGACCAGCUGUAUUUUGUCUUCGAAUACAUGAAAGAAAACCUUUAUCAAAUGAUGAAAGACAGGGAUAAACUUUUUCCAGAAUCUGUGAUACGAAAUAUUACCUAUCAGGUCUGCCAGGGAAUGGCAUUUAUGCACAAACAUGGAUUCUUCCACCGGGACAUGAAGCCAGAGAAUCUGUUGUGCUCGGGCCCAGACUGUGUAAAGAUAGCAGACUUUGGGUUAGCCAGGGAGACGAGGUCUAGACCACCCUACACCGACUAUGUCUCCACCAGAUGGUACCGAGCCCCAGAGGUGCUGCUACGCUCCACAAACUACAGUUCUCCUAUUGACAUCUGGGCAAUAGGCUGCAUCAUGGCAGAGCUCUAUACAUUACGACCAUUAUUUCCCGGCAGUUCAGAAAUCGAUGAAAUCUUUAAAAUCUGUUCUGUCUUGGGUACUCCAAAACAGGAGGACUGGGAUGAGGGUUACAAGCUGGCAGCUCAGAUGAACUUCCGCUGGCCGCAGUGCGUAGCUACCAACCUGAAGACUAUAAUCCCCAACGCCAGCAAUGACGCCAUACAGCUGAUGAAGGAUAUGCUGGCAUGGAACCCUCAGAAGAGACCAAGCUCUAGUCAGUGCCUUAGGUACUCAUAUUUCCAAGUAGGACAGAAUCUUGGCACGCAGUCCCGUCCCCCUCCUGUGACACACCACCCCACUCCUCCCUCGAACCAAGCCCGUCAUGGCCCCUCGCCUGUGGGGUCUCAGUCACGGGUUUCAUCCCAAACAAGCAAACAGGAGAUCCAGCCAAAGUAUCAGCCCAGUCACAAACCAGCAGACAAUCAGGGAGGGUACAAACCCUCUGCGGCUGAGCCCCUGGGCAACAGGCCCAUCCAUGACAACAGGCAAACCAAUCAGCAGCACAAGGCAGCACACACUAAUGCUGUGUUACCCUCCAUAGGCAGUAAGCAUGCCCCCAAGUAUCAGGAAAAUGACCCAUUCACAGUAUCUGUAUCUAAAAAGCAGAGUGGGCGGAAGCGCUGGGGUGGGGGGUUAUCAGAGACCUGGGAUGACUGGGACGAUCUGGACUUUGGUAUCCCUCACAGUAAAAAGGCACCACUGGCCUCCAUCAAGAAGAAAGAAAACCAUCCUGAGAGGGAGAGGAAAUUCAGUCUCUUUGACGAUGAUGACGACUUGUUUGCGAGUUUGAACAAGAAGCCUCAAGUACCUAAGGGGAUUGUAGCUCACGGGCGAGGGACAUCAGGCAGAUCAUCAGGCUCUGCUAAACAGCAUUACCUGGGAAAAGCCAGAUACCUACCAGGUAUUAGUAUGCGUAACAGUGCCUUAAAGACGGAGAGUCCAGAGAGUCAAGCUACCUUUUCCCCAGUCAGUAAAGGGGGCCUGGGAGGGGUGGCAAUGGGCAGAAAUAACAUGGGACUGGGAGGGGGAGGUUUUGGACCUAGUGCAGGGGGAGGGGGUUAUGUGCCGUCAUUCAUGAGUUCAGGGAAUAAGUCAAAUGCGGGAUGGAAGAGGGCGCAGCCCGCUCCAUUAUCGUUAAACAAGAACUCUGCUACACGACAACAGGUACCGGUGCAUGGCCGUACAGACUGGGCUGCCAAGUAUUUAAAAUGA